AUGUCAGAGUUGGUAAACAUCUCUAAUGAUGAAGAUGGCCCCAGCCAGUCUUCUGGAUCAUCAAACACAUCGCAGACAUUCAGCGACAAAGACUGCAAAGAAACUACAUUUCCAAAAUCCUCACAAACAUUCAUUCAAGAAAAGACUGAAGACAAAAGUGAUCCUUCAUCAUUUACCAAACGUUCAACAAUCAGUCCAAGAAAGUUGCUGUCCAAACUGCAAAUACCUGAGAAACGUAAUCAAACUGACCAUAAUGAGAAGCUCAGUGAAAAAGACCUUAAAGACAAAAAGCCUGAGGAGGAGGAGGAAGAUAAAAAUGAAAAUCUUUAUACAGUUUCUAGUGAAUUUCUAAGCAUGAUGUCGAAUGCCACAGAAGAUCCAGACUCAAUCAGUGUAGAUAUGAAGGAAAUAAUUGACGCUAAGCCUAAAGAAAAAACAAAGAAACUAAAAGAUAAACUGACAGAGUUGGAGAAUGUUACGCUUAACAUGGCUAUAACUGGCAUGACAGGAGCAGGAAAGUCUUCCUUUGUCAAUGCCCUGCGAGGCCUUCGUGAUGAUGAUGAGGGAGCAGCUUCCACAGGAACAACUGAGACCACCAUGAAGCCAAACAUGUAUGAGCAUCCCUUCAUGCCAAACGUGAAGAUCUGGGACCUGCCAGGAAUCGGGAGUCCAAAAUUCAGAGCAAAGAAAUACCUAAAAGAUGUCAAUUUCCACAUGUAUGACUUUUUUCUCAUAGUGACCUCAGAAAGGUUUAGGGAGAACGACAUUGAGCUGGCCAAAGCCAUCAAUAAGAGCAACAAGCUGUUUUAUUUCAUUCGCACCAAAAUUGACAAUGACGUUCAUGCUGAAUCCCACAAAAGAAACUUCGAUGAGCGCAUACUGCUUGAUAAAAUCCGAGAGGACUGUAAGGUGAACCUUCUGAAAUUGAAUAUUUCCAAAAUAUUCCUAAUUUCUUCAUUUCAUUUGGAGAGAUACGACUUUCAGAAGCUGGUCAACACCCUUGAGGAGGAACUUCCCAAAAACAAGAGAUUUGCUCUCAUUCAAUCUUUGCCUGUUUAUUCCCUCGAGACCCUCACAAAGAAGAUAACCUACUUCAAGAAACUCAUUUGGCUGAAUGCUGUUGGGGCCGGAGUUGGUGCGUUUCCUCCAAUCCCAGGAGUGUCACUGGCAGUUGAUUACGGCAUAAUGAAAAAGUUCUUUAAGCAAGUCUUCAUGGCAUUCGGCCUAUCAAAUCAGGCACUGGAGGCACUGUCAGAACGAGUGAACAAACCGGUGGAGGUUCUGAACGCCGCCAAGACUUCACGCUUCAAAGAUGGAGUCACUGAGCGUAUUCUGAUAGACAUGAUGUCUAAUCCAGUCAUUGCUAUCACCAAGACUCUGGGAACCAUAAUGGCUCUGCUGCCCGGAGGAGCUCUGCCCGCAGGGGGCGCAGCUGUAGCCUCUGUGCACUACUUGCUGAAUGUAGGACUCAAGGAGAUGGCAGAUGACACCAGGAAAGUUCUUGUCAUCUCACAACUUGCCUAAUAAAGUGCGGGAAAUUUUUUUUUAUUUCUCUUGUAACACAUCAGUUCUGUUCCUACUGUAUAAACACCCUCUGGCUCAGCCUUCUAGCAUGCCCCAACUUCCGACUAUUGGUCAAACUAGAAAGAGAUUACCAGAUUUGUGUAGUUUCAAUUGUGUCAAUGAUGACUAGGAGACUCACUGCUUACAUCUUUGGGGGAGAUAAACCUAUGUAUGGCACAGUCAAAUAAAUGUGCGUGAAUGAGAGAGUGUAUGGGUGUUUCCCAGUACUGAGAAUGCCAGAGUAGUUGGCAGUUCAUUCCACUGUAGUGACCCCUACUAAAUCAGGGACUAAGCUGAAGGAAAUGAAUGAAUGAAUGAAUGAAUGAAUGAAUAUGGCAGGAAGAGUAGCUGCCAAAAAAAGUGCCAGAGAAAUUGGUGGUUCAUUCCACUGUGGUGAGCCCACAAGAACGUGAGCGAGUGAGUUUAGAGAUUUUUUUAUAUUGAGUAUCUGAAAUGCUCUUCUUUCAUCAUUUGAAAAAUAUACAUUUUUUAGGAUAGGACUCUUUGCUAUGAUGUUUUUGUAAUUUAGUCCCUGAUCUUAC